AUGAAUAACGCGGCCAACAGGCGACGCCGACGCAGACCCACCCUAGAGGCCUUCAGCAUUCAAAUGGACCCAGACCAGAGCAGCGCGGCCGGCUCCCUCUACGAGUACAACCCGGCCAUGGUGACGAACGGAACGUCUUACGAGAACGGCGCCGCCGAGGCACGUGUUCAGCCGUUUUCCUUCGCGUGCGAACUCGCCCAGGGGAGCAAUCAGGUGAGGAUUUCCGGCUUCGCCAACAUCCCCGAGCUGUACCAGAGGAUCGCAGAGAGCUUCAGUAUCCCCGCGUCGCAGGGCGGCGUGGUGUUUAACGAGCACGUGAUUGAGGAUGAAGCCUGGAUCUGUCUGCAGGAUAUUGACAGCCAGCUUCAACUUACAUAUAAGGCGGUCUUCGUGACCUUACCAAAACGCGAUCGAGAAAGGCUGCGAGGCAACGGCAGUAUUAUGUACUGCACCCUGGAUACUCCGCAAGUUGACAUGUCGAAGCUGCUGGGCAACCAGUUGGCUUUCAAUCACGUGAUCUACGCGCACACCCGAGGCCAGACGAAGGAGGUGCGCUUCGUCAAGUCGGCCGAGACCCUAGGCCUGACGGUGUCGGACAAUAAGGCCGGCGGCGUCUUCGUGAAACGCGUCUCCCCCAACGGCGUGCUCGCCAAGGUCCUCGAACAGCAGACCAACUCCAUUUGCGCCGGCGACCUCAUUGAGUGCAUCAACGGACGCUCCUUCAUCAACUCACGACACAUGGACGUUGUCAAGUACCUCAAGGAGUUGCCGGUUUCGAGCAAAAUCGUCCUCCGCCUCAUCUCCCCAGAGAAGGGCGUUUUGCCUGGAAUCUCCAAGCGACAAAAAAGAACAGGCGCCUUUGGAAAACAGACCAUUCGAUUCACAGCCACUGGUGCUGAGGUCAUGGAUGCGUUGAACCAAGAUCAGACCCUGGCACUACGCCGAUUGGCUGACACCGUGGAGGAUUUCAUUGGUAUUGCAGACGAAGAACUUGCGCAAUCCAUUUUCGACCUGGAGUGCAGAUCCGCAUCAAAGGAAGACUUCUUCGAACUGCUCAAACGACAUCAUUCAGAGUUCAACUUUCCGCCGCGCAUUGCCGAGAAGUUCUGGAUGGCGUACCAGUACUACCUGGACGCUCUUAAUGAUUUUAAGGGUUGA